AUGCUAAAGCUCACCACAUAUUCAUGCUCCGCUCCAAUCCUCGAGAUAUGCCGCAUUCUGCACUCAAGAGGCCACACAAUCCACUUCGCAUGUCUGGAAGGAUGGCAAAAGCUAGCCGACCCCUAUCCCUUCAUCUCCCAAGUCCACGUGGUCGGCCGCGAUCUGACGCCAGAAGAAGACCGGGAGCUAUACCAAACGUUCGAAGCCUCCGGCAUUGCGACUCACAAGCAAAGAGUGGCCGGGUUUCGAGGCCUCUCUCUUUUCGCGAAAUGGUGGCCUGAGGUCUUCAGAAACGUGCGAGCUCUCUGCGAAGCGAACCGUCCAGACUUCGUCUUUGCCGACGGGCUGGACGAUGCGUGCGUGGAUGUCGCAAGGGAACUUCAAUUACCACUUGCGUCCAUGUUUCCUCAAAUGCAUCCUGCCGUGGCUCCAGCAGCGUACAUCCCUGGACUCCCUGGAUAUCAGGACAAGCAUCUUACAAGCGAACAUGCCAGCCUCGUCGAUCGCAUGAGGGAAGAGAUCUUGCGUUUGCAGAUGUACCACGCAGCAACAGAUCAUUUCGCUCAGCAUGCGGCUAUGCGCCGAGAGGCAGGAGUCGUAGCCAAAAGUGCGAAUCGCACAGCCAAACCAGAUCAUGUACACUUUGUGCAUUCGUUCUUCGGCUUAGAGACACCAAAGGAUCUUCCGCCUUUAGUACGACUGGUCGGUCCGGUACUAUCAGACAGCUUCCCACCCAUUCCGGCACACAGUGCCUUGGCAAAGUUCCUGGACCGCUUCGAAGACGGAAAGGUCAUGUACGUCGCGUUUGGAACGCACGUGAAUACGAACGCGGAUCGAUUCAACCGACUCCUGAAGGGCAUACGUGGAGCGAUCAACGCUGGUUUCAUUGACGCCGUGAUUUGGGCGACGAAGAACAUCGAUUCGACCAUCGAAGAGGACUGGCUGUUUCAAGAUACUUGGAUUCCUCAGCGAGCCGUCCUCGAUCAUCCGUCCGUUUGUCUCUUCUUGUCUCACUGCGGAGGAUCAUCGACUAUGGAAGCCGUCUUUCAUGGGGUUCCCGUCAUCGCCAUGGGCAUGUAUGGAGAUCAAUUCGGCCAUGCGAAGCGGCUGGAGUCAGCUGGUGUCGCCAUCAGGCUGGAGAAGAACAUUUUCACAGCCGAGGAGCUGGAGCAUGCCAUUGGCACGAUUGUAACAGACGUCCAAGGGUCCUUCGCAAGGAAUGUCCUGCGUCUUCGACGAAUCGCACAUGCGAAUGCAGAGAGGAAGUACCUCGCAGCCCAGACGAUCGAAGAGGUCAUGUACGACCAUGAACUGCGGUUCGAGAGCUCACACUCGAAGAGUGAGGGCAUCCAGAACAAGAUCAAGGUGACAGCUGGCAGACAACUUCGACCUCCCCACCUCGAAACGGCAGAUGCGCGGAUUCCAUCCUGGAUGAAGAGGACGAACCUCGACCUGUGGCUUCUCUUCCCACUCUUCCUACCAUAUUUGAUGUUGACGUCGUUGCUCCGUGGCAACAAGUAG